AUGAUCGAGAGUGAUGACUAUCGAGUCGCCGUUGAUCCCGGCAUGUUGAAUUACUGGGGAAAAGCAGAUUUCUACCAUGUUGAGUGCUUUGAAAAAAUGGCAGAUCUGACCAAGGAGAAGUAUUUAGGUCGGCUGAAGCCCCUUUCGAGAAAUAAUUUUUCCGAAAGGAACGCAAAUAGGUCAACCAUGAUGGAUGGGUUUUACUUGCUUGAUGCGGGGGCCGAACGGCUUAUCCUGCAAUGGAUCUUCGUGAUGCGAAAGCUCAUUGCUAAACGGGAUGGCACAGACGGUCCAAAGUCUCAGGAUCCUAUACUUCAUGACCUGUGGUAUAAAUCUGGCUCGGCGAAGUUCACUGACGCCGAAAAACCGGAGGGCAUGUCGCAAUUCGAGUUCAGGAAACUCCAGACCACCUUGGCUCCGGUGGAGAGCGAUGGUCCGGAGGAUGACGAUGAGUGGAAUCUCUUUGCUAUGUUUAUGAAAAUUCAAGAGGAUGACGAGAAAUACGAAGAGGGAAAGACUACCCUUGGAAGUAUGCUAAAAUCUUGGAGAGUUUGCUCGACGUUGGCCAACGCCGAUGAAGAGAUGCUAGACGAAGCCGACAAGAAGGCGAAGGAGAAAUUGGGUGAGAAAUUCAUCCGGGCCAUGAAAAGGCUGUCACAAAUACCGAUGCCAGAUUUGGACUCAAUAUUA